GCUUGGUUCAUUGGCUGCGCAUUUCUCUUAAACGGGGUACGGUGUUGAAUCUUUACUUAUAGUGCCACCAGGGCACUAUCAGGAUCUCUCUGGGACUGGAGUGAAGACUGCAGGCCAGCUGCUCACCAUGCCACCUACAUUCAGGGCCUCGCGCUCUGGUCGACAUCUUGCCGAAAACAACACCAACCGUACCAGAACGGGCCAGAUCGACCACGAUGUCUUUGAAGGACUACCAGUUCGCCGCUGGACGCGCCAGCCGCAGACUAUAUCUCAAGAACCCAAGGCAGAGGAAACGCAAUUGAUCGUUCAGGGGCCCGCCGGAACGCAAUCUUUGCCGGAACACCCCAUGCCCAAAGACAGCCAACUUCUGACCCCAACAAGCAGGGCUCUCUUACGUGCAGCUCGCGCUGGAUGCAUCUACAUUCGCCAUGCCCCAAAGGAGCCGGAGGAAGAGAAGGAAGAAGCUACGGAUGUGGAGGAACAGCAACCAGUGUACAGGGCAGAGCGCAACUUUGUGGCGCGCAAGUGGUCGGCAGUCCCCAAGCAUAUGGAGCCUCCAGAAAUCGAAUUUCUUGCCAAGAGGCGACCGGGCCUGCCCUCAUUGUACGGUGCAACUGCUGCUGCAUCUGAUGGUGCGACUCACAAUGCUGCGCCGAUGAGGAGGACGCGCUUCAGGAAGGUCGACCCGGCGACUGGAAACGUUUCGAUCUACGAAGCGUGGGUUCCGGAAGGACACAGAAUUGAAGGCGAAAUCACAGAGGAUGCUCCAGUGGUAUCGAAUAAUGGUGAAGUGACCAUCACUCCGGAGGCUCCGGCUCCCGGUACUGUCGUCGAGGGUGUUGGGGUCGUCAACGGUGAAGGUGUGGUUGUUGCAGAGGCAGGCUCCGCGGCCGUUAUGACUCCCCCGAGAAGGCGGCCGCCUCCACCUAAGCGCAAGGCCAAGGGCCCUGGAAAGGGCAGGAAGAAGAAGGUUAUGUUUGCUCCUGGUGAGGGAGCAGAUGCAAACCAGGUACAUGGUGCUGGAGCAGGUACCGCUGAGAAUGGUUUCGUCAAAGAGGAAGAUGUUGAUUCGUCCCGUAUGUCUGUUGACCAAAACGGUCAGGAUGAUGAGGAUGACGAUGGUGAAGAUGGCGAGGAAAGCGACGAGGGGGAUGAGUCCAUGGUGGAUGCUAAAACCCCAGAGACUCCAUUGCCCCAAGUUCCUUCCGAUGCAGCAGCCGAUCCUACCCCUGAGCCUGCAGCGGAACCUGUGCAGCCUCCUCCAACAGCUCCUACGACAGAAGCACCAGUUGAACCGAAAUCUUCGGAACCAGAACCUUCAUUAGCCCCAACAUCCGAACCUCCGCAACAACCAGAACCAUCACAGACGGUGCAAGCUUCGGAAGAACCAGCGUCAGCGGCAGCUAAUGAGGCUGCUUCUGCUGCUCCGGCUCCCUCUGCAGAUAAGCCGGUAGAAGAAACUGCGGGAGAUAAGAUGGACACGACAGAAGACGGGCCUUCUCACCCUACCACUGAUGACAGUGUUCCAUCUGCACCCCCUGCACCAUCUGCCCCGGAACAGGCUCCGGAGACCCAGCAUUCAGAUGAACCACAAAAUGCUGAAGCUGUCCCUGAAACUGCUCCCGAAACCUCAGAACCAACACCGAAGGAAACUCAUCAAGACACAGAGCAAAGUUCACUGGCACUGGCAAUUGAAAGUACGGACCAGGUUGCCCCUAAGGAAACAGCAGAAAAGCCGUCCGAUGCAGGACCAACAGACCAAGGAGAGGCAUUACCCCAGACGACAGAUGGCGCCGAAGGUGAUGCCAUGGACACAUCGGCAGAUCACGAGCAGGCCCUAGAGCCAGAGCCAAAGCAUGUCUCAGAAAAGGAGAAUGCACCAGAACAAACGAGCGCACCGGAACAGGAACAAGAAAGGGUCCCAGAAAAGGCCUCUCCCCAACCUGCUCCAAGCACUGGUCAGAGUAACGACUUCGACCUUCUUGGUAGCCUCGAAGCAAGCUUAGGAGGUACCAAUGGAGAGCAGCAUCAACAGCAGGCUGAAGUCCCAGCAGAGGAGCCAAAACAAGUGGAGCCUGAGCAAAACGCUGGAGAACAAGCCGCGGAAACAGAGGGCGAAACCGUCAAAGAACAACCCGAAGAGAAGGCAGAGGAACAAGUUAUGGAACAAACAGAAGCGCAGACUGGAGAACAGAUCGAAAAACAGGCUGAAGAACCUAGUACAGCGCAAGCUGCGGAACAGCCCGCUGAGCAGCCCGCCGAGCAACCUGCAGAACAACCCGUGGAACAUCCUGUUGAGAACGAGCCAGAGCAGGUACAGGAACAGCCCACGGAGCAGACUACCGAACAGGCCGAGCAACAGGCCAAAGACACAACCGUGGAAAAGGCUGAGGAACAAACUGGGGAACCGAUUCCAGAACAGCCAGCUGAGAAAACCACGGAUGAAGCCACAGUGCAGGCUCCAGAACGACCAUUAGAGCCAGCGCCAGAGCAAGCGCCAGAACCAGCGUCAGAGCAAGCACCGGAGCAAGUGCCAGCACAAGCUAGCGAUCAGCCCGAGGAACAAGAAGCCAAAGCAGAUGAAGUGGCACCCCAGCCUGAACAGCCCGAACAGUCUCAGCAACACGAAUUCGGAUACGAGCCCCAAGCUCCAAAGGACAUAUCUCCGCUUACACCAGCUGCUGAUGAAGAGAUGCUGCCAAAACCCGACGAGACCACCGAACUUACUGCUCAAGAGCCUAGCCUCAACCCCGAGACCGCUCCCCAACAAGAAACCCAGGGAGAGCCAAAAGACCAGGUAGAAGAAAAGGCAGGAGAGGGAGAAGCACAGCCAGUUCCCCCACCAAGCACGGAUGCGGCUUAAACAAACCUAGUUAUGUCUACUGUUCACAUUUGAUACCUGUUUCUAUUUCUUUUCCUUUCUUAAUCCUCCACUUUGACGAUUGGUUCGCUUCUUAUCUCAAUAUUGAAAUCCAAAUAUGUUGAUUACGUGUUUGUUGGUUGGUUCUGGGCGCAGUUGGUAUGGUUAUAUUGGCGAAAGGUUGCCCAUGAGGAUUGUUGUAUAAUAGAUCCUUUGUUUCUUGUGUAGGUUGAAUACGGAGUACAUGGUUUGUAUUUCUCAUUCUAUUCAUUAUGAUUGUCAGAUCCCAAGCUUCAUGGGCUGUUCUAGGGCUCAAACAUUCAUUGACCUUCAACAGAUAUAUAUAUCCGGAUCAUCAUAAUUCGUAAAAGUUUCUAUCCCAGUCGGCAUCGAAAUUCAUUUUAAUAACGAUGAAUUACU